CUUUUUUUCAUUUCUCAAGUCGCUCUCUUAUUCCUUAAUGUCAGUCACCUUCUCGUCGGGCUGCGGUUUCAGCCCAGCCGUUACUACUCUCACACCUAUAGCUGGAUGGGACUCAUGCUACAUUAACUUGGUCGUCACUGAUAGGUCCUGCACCAUGACCGUUGACAAUGUUUUUGCUCCAUGCCAGUGUGACGCUUCUGGUAACUGCUCAGGAUUUCCAUUGGGUGGUACCUCCCUGGCUGAUACGUCUUACACUUUACCUUGUAACGGCCAGCCGAUUCCAUUCCCAUCCACUGGCAAUGUUGAUAUUGCGGUUUCAGGAUGGUGCACAUACAAGAAAGCAGGAUCUGCCACUACAAAUGAUACCAGUGCUGGAAUUUCACUGACCAAGUAAAACAUGCUAAUUGCUGCUAGUUUAGUGCUUUGCGCUGUUAUCGGUAGCUUUUGAAAUGAAGUACAUCGAAUGUGUAAUGUAGCUUGAUCAGCCCAAUUUUUUCCAUCUUUU